AAUCAGUUCAACUUCGGCAUUCGAACAGUUCAGUUCAUUUCGGGAAAUCGUAUAAAAAUUGUGCAAAUUAAUAUAUCCAAAAAAAAGAAUUAAAUAUAACUUAAUCAAACAGUGUAGGCACAAAUAUAAUUAGUUAAUGAAUAAAAUGUUCUCCAAUCAUGUAAUUGUGGCAGCCUUGGCCUUAUGUGUAGUGGCUGUACGCGCCGAGAAAAUCGCACCUAUACAAGCUAUAGCGUAUCUUGAUGAUCCAGCAGGUGUUUCCCAAGUAAAGGGAAACAUUACAUUCACACAAAAUGCUUGCGGUGAAAAUGUUUACAUUCGUAUUUAUGUCACUGGACUCACACCUGGUAAACACGGAUUUCAUGUGCAUGAGAAAGGCGAUUUGACUAAUGGCUGCUUAAGCACCGGUGGACAUUAUAAUCCAGAAAAGGUGGACCAUGCUGCUCCAAAUGACGAGGUGCGUCACGUUGGUGAUUUGGGCAAUAUUGAAGCUAAUGAAUACGGCGUUGUUGAUACAAUGUUGACUGAUCAUGUUAUAAGCUUAUCCGGUAAACGUGCCGUUAUUGGACGUGGUAUCGUCAUACAUUCUGAUGCCGACGAUUUGGGUAAAACAAAUCAUCCCGAUUCAAAGAAGACUGGCAAUGCUGGCUCCCGUGUUGCUUGUGGCAUCAUUGGUAUUAAUGCAUAUCAACGUUCACUAAAAUCAUCAUCAUCAAAAAAUAAGCCACUUUUCUUUGUACCACAUGAACAACCCCAUGACCAGGUCGUCUAUCCUAUACUAUCUGCGAGCUUUGCGUCGUAUCCUUAUCCAUUAUUAUACCCCAUAAUUUUCUAAUCUCUAUACUAAGAGUUUUAUGUGUUCUGUGUUCUGUGUUAUAUUAUAAAUUUCUAAUUUUUUUAAUAAAUACUAAA